AUAUAUGAUUUAAUGUUUUAGAUUUGUCAACUUUUUAAAAAUAUCAAUCUGUUUCCUGUUCAUCCAAAAUUCCUAGAUUAUUAGACUACAGUCAAUGUUUCAACGGUGUCUUGAGGCGGUCCAAAACGUCACGUUGCUGUUUGUGAGUUGGGGUUUUCAGCAUUUUGAGAGGCAGUGCAGUGCUGCUUUAACACCCUACUGAGAGAGGAACCACAGAAAGAAGACGGGCGUCGGCUUCAAUCGACAAUCAACCGAUGAGACCUCAGAGAAAUCGGGAUUGAUUGGAAAUAUCGGCACGGAUGGAACAAAAGAUCUGAUGUGGACGUCACUCGGGAUGCCUUCAUGGGACAUCCUCACAAGGACUUGGAUCUUGACGAUUCUCGUGGGACAUCCCGAUGUUUAUUGAUGCCGUUGUUCUCGGAAUAGUCUUCUAGAUGAUGUCAUCAGAUUUCUGACAUCGACAUCUGGACCUGCAAUGAACUUUAAUGCCUCCAAUACCACUGGAGGCUCCUUAGAGAAUAGGAGCGGCGGCGCGGCUGGCCUUUGGGUGACGUACCUGCUGGGCGCCACCCUGACGGUCAUGUGGCUCCUGGGCACGGCGGGCAACGCGUACACUCUGGCCGUCACGCGCUCGGCCGCACCGCGCCGCACGGGCUCCGUCUACAUCUACGUGGCCAAGCCUGGCGCUGGCCGACCUGCUCUACCCGUCUACCAUCGGGGCCUCAUUUGGGACAUCUACCAAUGUUUUGUCUUGAAAUCAAACUCUCGCAAAAAGUGCAAAACUUUUGCCUUCAAGGUCUACGUGGGCGUUCUGUUCCUGACCACCGUUCUUGUCCCAGGCCUGGUCAUGGUCUUGCUGUACGCGGGCCUCGCCAAGCGCUACUGGGCAACCCAGGCCCGCCUAGGAGGACGCGAACGCUCGGCCCGGCGGCGAGGGCUCAAACACCUUGUGGUGGUGAUGAUCUUCAGCAUCGUGGUGGCCUACUGGGCCUGUUUCCUGCCCUUCUGGGGAUGGCAACUGACCCAGCUUUUCUCGCCGGAGUCCCUCAAAGCUCUAUCCCCAGCCACUCACAAUUAUGUCAACUUUUUUGUCACCUGUCUGACCUACAGCAACAGCUGCAUUAACCCCUUCCUCUACACACUGCUCACAAGAAACUACAAGGACUACCUUGCCCAGAAAGGCCAGUCCACGGUGGCCAGCACGAUCGAGCUGACUGGAAGCUCGUUGUUUAGGAAGUCUUGAGCAAAGCAUUUGACUCAAGGUUAAGGCCAUGACUUCAAGAUGGUGCUCAUGAAGACAGAAGAGACUAUCCUAGAUGAUCCAUCCA